AUGGCCGUGCCGGAGCCGUCAAGAACCGGGUCGCCGCCUCGCGUCUUCCUCCUCGUCUUCGCCAUCAUUCUCACGGCCACAGCAGCAGAUGAGGCGGUGGCAGCCGGAGGCCUAUCGAUCGGGAUCAACUACGGGCAGAUCGCGGACAACCUCCCUUCGCCGUCCCGCGUGUCCAUGCUCCUCCGGUCGAUGCAGUUCGUCAUCGGCAUCGGGAACGAGAACGUGUCGGCGAUGGUGGACCCGGCGGCCGCGCGGGCGUGGGUCCAGCAGCACGUCCGGCCGUACCUCCCGAGCACGCGCAUCACCUGCAUCACCGUCGGGAACGAGGUGUUCAAGGGCAACGACACCGACCUCAAGGACAGCCUCCUGCCGGCGAUGAAGUCCGUGUACCAGGCGCUCGGCGCGCUUGGGCUGCAGGGGCAGGUGAACGUCACCACGGCGCACUCCCUGGACAUCAUGGGCAGCUCCUACCCUCCGUCCGCCGGCGCGUUCCGGCCGGACGUCGUGCCGUACAUCCAGCCGCUCCUCGACUUCCUGUCGGCGGCGAGGUCCCCGUUCCUCAUCAACUGCUACCCGUACUUCGCCUACAAGGACGACCCCACCGGCGUGCCGCUGGAGUACGUGCUGUUCCAGCCCAACGCCGGGGUGACCGACCCGACCACGGGGCUCAACUACGACAACAUGCUGUACGCCCAGGUGGACUCAGUGUACGCCGCGAUCCAGGCGCUGGGCCACGCCGACGUGGACGUGAAGAUCUCCGAGACCGGGUGGCCGUCCAGGGGCGACCCCGACGAGGCAGGCGCCACGCCGCAGUACGCCGGGAUCUACAUCGGGAACCUGCUGCGGAGGAUAGAGUCGAAGCAAGGGACGCCGCUGAGGCCGGCGGUGCCCAUAGAUGUCUACGUCUUCGCGCUCUUCAACGAGAACCUCAAGCCGGGGCCGGCCUCCGAGCGGAACUACGGCCUCUUCUACCCCGACGGCACGCCGGUCUACAAUGUCGGCCUGCGCGGCUACCUCCCGCCGAUGGAUGAAUCGGAUGCCACGCGGACGGUAAGGCCCUUCGGGCUCCGUCUUCUCAGAUUCUGCAAGUUCGUUGCAAACUUUCUGAAUGUGGAUCAUACGUCGUCCGAGAAUAUCUGGUGCCUUAACUCUUUACGAGACGGCACUGUCGUCUUUGGCAUUUCUACUUUGUGUAUAUGA